AGGAAGGGGCGACAGCAGCGCGUUACAGAGAGAAGGAGGAAACUGUCUAGGGUUUUCUCAUUCUUCAACGCUGCCUCUCUGUCUCUUCUCGGAUUCGUCGUAGCCAAUUAGGGUUCGCCAGAAAUUGGGGCUCGUGGUCUGAGUUUUGAAGUAUUGAUUCGCUCGGGGUAGGAUUUACCGCGAAAAUCGUGGCAGAAUCUGCUAGGGUUUAUGUGUAUCUGCAUUACGUGCGUUGGGUAAUUGAUUGAAGUUCAAGCGAUGGAAGAGACUAAACAUAAGUCGUGUAGGAAGGAAGAUUCAGAAGGUAGAGAGGAUUCGAAGAGUAGGAGUCAUAGGAAGGAUGAAUCGGGAAGCAAAGAAGAUUUGAAGACUAGGAGUCAUAGGAGUGACUGGGAGGAUUCUGAGAUCAAGGAGGAGUCGAAGAGUAGGAGUCUCCGCAGGGAUAGGGGGGACCGGGAGCGGGAUGGGGUGAGGAAAAGCGACAAGGACAGGGACCGACAUCGUGAUUCUUCCGAUAAGAGAAAGGAUAGGCGAUCCGAGAGGGAGAAAAGUGCGGAUGAUGACAAGUAUUCAGAGAGGGAGAGUAGGCGGUCUGAGAGGGAGAGAAGUGUCGAUGAGAAGCACCGGGAAAGGGAGAAGAACAAGGAUCGGCAUAGAGACAGAGACAAGGACAAGGACAAGAAGAGAAGGCAGGAGGAAGACAGAACAAGAGAUAGAGACAGGGCCAAAGACAAAGAGCGGGACAGGGAAGACAGAGUAGAGGCAGACAGAGAAAGAAAAAGAGAAAGAGAAGAGAGGGAGAAGAGAGAUAGGGAACGGGAUAGGGCAAGGGAGAGAGAAAAAGAAAGGGAGAAGAGGGAGAGGGACAGAAUUAGGGAAAGAGAUAAGUUCCGGGAUGUUAGUAGUGAUGACGAUGAAGGUGAUGUAAUGGACCGGAAGAGGCGGAGGAAAGAGGAGGACAGCAGAGAAAGGGAGCGUGGGCGGAGCAGCAGGUCCAAGAGGAAUAGGGAGGACGGUGAGGAUAGUAGCCCCAGAAAAAGGAGUGACGAAGACUUGUCUGAGAAGAAAGAAGUGAGAACCCGAGAAGAGGAUCUAGAAGAAGAACAAAGGAAAUUAGACGAGGAAAUGGAGAAACGGAGGAGGAGAGUUCAGGAAUGGCAAGAACUGAGGAGGAAAAAGGAGGAAUCUGAGAGGGAAAAGCUUGGAGUAACAUCCAACGCUGAUGAACCUACAGCUGGGAAAACAUGGACCUUAGAAGGUGAAUCUGACGAUGAAGAACCAGUUCCUGAGGAGAAAACAGGGAUAGAUAUAAACUCCGAUGGAGAUGUUAGGCCAAUGGAUGAGGAUGGAGUUCCGAUGGUAGUUGACUCUCAAAAUGGAGCUUGGGCUGCACCUGCUCCACAAAAUGAUGGCGAUGGUGCUUCUGUGGACGAGGAAAUUGAUCCUCUAGAUGCUUUCAUGAAUUCUAUGGUAUUGCCAGAGGUUGAGAAGCUGAAUACAGCUGUUGUACCUUCUGCUUCUGAGGGGAAGAGCUCUAACUUGAAUAAAGAUAAGAGUGAGAAUCAAACAAAUGGAGUGCCCAGGAAAGGGUUGAGUAAGUCAAUAGGAAGGAUCAUCCCCGGGGAAGAUUCUGAUUCUGAUUAUGGUGAAAUUGAGAAGGAUGAAGAUGCCGUUGAAGACGAGGAUGAUGACGAAUUCAUGAAAAGGGUGAAAAAAACCAAAGCAGAAAAACUAUCAAUAGUUGAUCAUUCCAAGAUUGAAUACCCCCCAUUUCGGAAAAAUUUUUACAUAGAGGUGAAGGAAAUCUCAAGGAUGACCUCUGAAGAGGUUGCUGCUUACAGGAAACAAUUGGAGUUGAAGAUACAUGGAAAGGAUGUUCCCAAGCCAAUUAAGACUUGGCAUCAAAUUGGUCUAUCAACUAAAAUUCUUGAGACAAUAAAGAAGCUUAACUAUGAAAAACCGAUGCCGAUUCAAGCUCAAGCACUGCCAAUAAUAAUGAGCGGUCGAGACUGUAUAGGUAUUGCAAAGACAGGCUCUGGAAAAACACUGGCCUUUGUGCUACCAAUGUUGAGGCAUAUAAAAGAUCAGCCACCUUUGGUGUCUGGAGAUGGUCCUAUUGGGGUUAUAAUGGCACCUACAAGAGAGCUUGUCCAGCAGAUCCACAGUGACAUCAAGAAAUUUACAAAGGUAAUGGGUCUCACUUGCGUGCCUGUAUAUGGAGGUUCUGGUGUUGCUCAACAAAUUAGUGAACUGAAACGAGGGGCUGAGAUUGUGGUGUGCACUCCAGGUAGGAUGAUUGAUAUUCUUUGCACUAGUGGCGGCAAAAUUACAAAUCUGCGCAGAGUUACUUAUCUAGUCAUGGAUGAAGCUGAUCGGAUGUUUGAUAUGGGUUUUGAACCACAGAUCACUCGGAUUGUUCAAAAUACUCGACCUGACCGCCAAACUGUACUCUUCUCUGCUACUUUUCCUCGUCAGGUUGAAAUAUUGGCUCGCAAAGUGCUGAACAAGCCUGUGGAAAUACAGGUUGGUGGUCGAAGUGUUGUGAAUAAAGACAUUGCCCAGUUGGUUGAGGUGAGGCCAGAAAAUGAAAGGUUCUUAAGACUGUUAGAACUACUUGGGGAGUGGUACGAGAAGGGUAAGAUUUUGAUUUUUGUACACACACAGGAGAAAUGUGAUGCUUUAUUCAGGGAUCUGAUAAAGCAUGGUUAUCCUUGCCUCUCCCUCCAUGGUGGUAAGGAUCAGACAGAUCGUGAAUCAACCAUUUCUGAUUUCAAAAGUAAUGUUUGCAAUUUGUUGACUGCAACGAGUGUUGCUGCCAGAGGUUUAGAUGUAAAGGAGCUUGAACUGGUAAUAAAUUUUGAUGUUCCCAACCACUAUGAAGACUAUGUUCAUCGUGUUGGUAGGACAGGACGAGCUGGACGAAAAGGCUGUGCUAUCACAUUUAUUUCAGAAGAAGAUGCAAGAUAUGCGCCAGAUCUUGUUAAAGCACUGGAACUUUCUGAGCAAGUUGUUCCAGAUGAUCUGAAAGCUCUUGCUGAUGGCUUCAUGGCAAAGGUGAAUCAGGGACUUGAGCAAGCCCAUGGAACUGGUUAUGGUGGGAGUGGUUUUAAAUUUAACGAAGAGGAGGAUGAGGUGCGGAGAGCAGCAAAGAAAGCACAGGCAAGAGAGUAUGGGUUUGAGGAAGACAAGUCAGAUUCAGAUGAUGAAGAUGAAGGGAUCAAAAAGGCAGGUGGUGACUUUUCUCAGCAAGCUAUCCUUGCUCAGGCAGCUGCCCUUGCUGCUGCAUCUAAAGUGAGUGUGGGUACAACCCCUGCAUCAGCUGUUCAACUCCUCCCAAAUGCUGGAUUACCUGUUUCUUUGCCAGGUGUUCUUGGUCUAACAAUACCUGGUGCAGCAGCUGUUGUGCCUGGUGCUCCAGUGCCAAUUACUGCAGGUGAUGGGGCAGCUAGGGCAGCAGCACUGGCAGCUGCAAUGAAUUUGCAGCACAACUUGGCCAAGCUACAGGCUGAUGCCAUGCCUGAACAUUAUCAAGCAGAGUUGGAGAUAAAUGAUUUUCCCCAAAAUGCUCGUUGGAAGGUCACACACAAGGAGACUUUGGGCCCAAUUUCUGAAUGGACUGGAGCUGCAAUUACCACCAGGGGGCAGUAUUUUCCUCCCGGUAAGAUACCAGGACCAGGGGAGCGCAAGCUCUAUUUGUUCAUAGAGGGACCUACUGAACAAUCUGUUAAAAGGGCAAAAGCAGAAUUGAAACGUGUACUGGAAGACAUUACGAGCCAAGCAUUAUCUCUUCCUGGUUCUGGCCAGCCAGGCAGAUACUCAGUUUUGUAGGAACCAAGCUUGAUUCUCUGGAUGCUGGAAUGUAUUGUUCAGUACCGGUUAUAUUCAAGGGAAGCUCUCAUUCUGAAAGGCUUCAGAGACAUUACUAAUUGGAUUGUGAACUGGGAGCAGGGAGAUGAUUUCAUAUCAACGAGGUGAUGUGCUGUUUUAUAAAUACUGAAUCCCAUCCCAUCUCCUUCACUGUUGCAUCUAUCUAUACAUGGAAGCCUUUGUUUCUUCAUAGACAUUUUCAGCAGCCAACGAAUGACAGGAUGAGUUGUUCCAGUGACAGCAUGUCUGUAGCAUAAACACUAGUUCAAAGCAUCAGAUGCUAAUCUUUGACUCGGCCGCUGCAUCACUUCCAAAAGAUGCUGUACUUUGGAGGAAACAUCAAAGCCACCACUGUAGAAGCAGUUGUUGUGGAUUUUUGAAUGGAGAAGCUGAAAAAGGGCCGGGACUACUGGAUGAAAUCAGUUUAACACAAGGGCCAGGAAUUCCAAUAUAGAGUUGGUGUUGUCUGCUGAGUGCAAGUCAUUUUCACUGUCAUUACUAAAUUUGUGUACCAGUGCUGAUUGAUUAUUCUUAUGUUGUGAUUUUGAACUAUCCUGAACUUUAGAUGCCCUGCAGAGUGCUGACUGAUGCCUUCAUAGCUGGUGCCAGAGCUAUUGUUGGCGAUAGCAAUCUGAAUUGCGAGCUUGUGAGGAAAAGGUAUUGCCUCAUCUAUGUUGGCAGCUCUCUUAUUGUCUUCAUACUGACAGAACCAAUUUUUCUAUUUUGACUUGUUCAAGUAGUCUGGUUAUGGCUUGUCUGAAAAUGAACCUUUCCGGACAAUGAAUUCACGGUCUCUUUCGCUGCUAAACCUGACGCCCCAUUAAGGUUUUCCUUCUGAUGAAGUCCAUUUGUCGAUGUCAUGUUAGAAUGACAAUUUCUCUGUUACUUGUGUUGCAUAUUUUAGUCAAUUGAGUAGUGUCAGAUUCCCCUAGCUAAUCGAAAUGAUCAUGUUACAAUUUUUGUUUCCUACUCUAAAUUACUCCUAUCCAGGAUGUUAAUCAGUGUAGGUACAAUACAAACAGUGAAUCCCAGCUUAAUGAGCUGUGUCUACUGGUGCUCGUAUCGGUAUGAGAUCCUUCUUACACCAUUCAGAGGAGUUGCAUUCAUGGAAUGGCUGUGGUAGAAACCAACCGCACAAGAAGUGCAUAUCCCAUGUUUUUAAGAAGCCGCUCGGUGUAGGCCACGAUCAAUUAUGACGAGCUUAAGAAGAGCCAUUAGGCCAUAUUGAAUGUAUAAGUCUCCUUGUUUAUAAUUUAGUCUAGAUCUGAGCAAAUUCAUUUUUUGUUUCCAUGGAGACUAGAUCAACCAUUAACAGAUCUCCUAUGAUCUUUUUAUAACCAAGUCUAUGGGCAUAUGCCCAUUGACAAUAUAUUUUCAUGAGACUGGGUCAGCCAUUAACAUAUGUGAUCUGGCUGAACCAGCUGUAGAUGUCUAGGCAACUCCUUGACCUGCACCCAACCGCAAAAGUCAACAUUGGAUUAGAAGAAUUUCAUUCUUAUUCUUUUCAAUUCAUGAUAAUCUUGUUCAGAAAGUUUGAAAUAGGCAAUGUUACAAAAAUUUGUUCCCCA